UUUGAUUGAAAAAAUUCAAGAUGUCGUCUCGUAUGAGUGCAGGAACAAAUCUCUCUUCAAACCAAGACCCGCGUCGGGAAAACAGAGUAUAUCGAUAUAUUCCAGUUACAAAUAAACCAAAUCAAGACCCUUUACCUGAUUAUGUCAGUUUGCUGGGAAUGAUAUUUAGUAUGCUUGGUUUAAUGAUGAGAAUGAAAUGGGCUGCUUGGGCUGCAGUGUAUUGUGCUUUCAUAAGCUUUGCUAAUUCCAAAGCAUCAGAAGAUACAAAGCAAAUGUUUAGCAGCUUCCUUUUAUCAGUCUCAGCUGUUGUGAUGUCAUAUCUACAAAAUCCUCAGCCUAUGACUACACCAUGGUGAAAUAUUUUAUCAAUGAUAUUUAAAGAAUUCAGAAAUCAAUCAGUGUUUUUAUACUUAUGUAUUUCCCAACUUCCUGUCUUCCUAUACCAAGAAAUGAAAAUAUCUGUGCUCCGGAGAUAUGAGAGACUUAACUUAUCAAGGACUUUCUGUUUGGACCUAAAGUUUUUAUCUAUUUAUUUGGGCGUAUGGCAGAUUAGAAACUUUCCAAUGUGUGCCAUAUAAAAGUCUGCCUUAUAUUGAAGAAUGACAUUAAACAAUAUCAUAAAUUAACAGGAGUUGAAUUCACUGUUUUCAGCAUGAUGCAUGAAUCUGUGGUCAGACAUACACAACAGCAAAUGCACUAAUAUCAAUUUAACAAGUUUUGGAACUUAUUCAGUGGCACAGCCCACCUGAGGAAAUAUCUAGUCCUACCAGGAAAUGGAUUUUAGUCAAUAUAAUGGUAUAUAUCAAGUAUAAAUGAUAUUAAGUAGUCAGGCAAGUUUUGCUAUUGACUGGAACCAUGCACUGAUUGCCAAUAAGAAACAUAAGCACAGAAAAAAUUAUUGGAACACAGGCACCAAUUUUAGCUCAUGCUAAUAAUAAAUUGAUUGCAGUGCAAAAUGAGUUUUCUUUCAAAAACAAAAGUGCAGUUCUGAUUGGCUGUCCAUUUACCUGACUUUCACACAAUAAAAAAUGUCUGGAACCAUAUCUUGGACUAACUUUACGGUACACAUAAUGGAUCUUCACAACAACGCGAAACUGACUGGAACAUUUACUAAAUUCAACAUUCUAAUAUGUACAAAUAAUAAGAACUUUGCAAUAGAAAUAUAUAUGUGCAGU